AUGUCUUGGAUCUACGCCUACCGCCUUUGCUCUUUCAUUCUUUCGGUAGCGCUCGGGCUCGGCGUUGUCGCGCUGUGCGUCCAGACUGUGGUCUCGAAAAGCAUCGUUUUCGUCGAUUAUGGUCGGGUCGUAAACGUGCUCUACGCCUAUGUCGGAAUCUUCACCGGGAUUUAUACCACGGUCCUCUUGUUGAUCAGCCUAAUCCGCGACAGUUGCCACCGGCCUCUCGCGAUCGUAUCUGAGCUCGUACUACUCGCGAUACCGUCCGCCGCGUGGUCAGUUGUGGCCGUCAUGACACUGGUACAGAUUGGGCAGAAUUUCGAGCGGUCUGCAUGCAACGACGGCGACGCGACGGCUCACGACAUCUGCAACUACUCCGCGCCUAUCGCGGGCCUCUCGGCCACGGUCGCUGCUAUUUUGAUGAUCUACUCCCUCGUGCUGCUGUUCGUCGCGUGGGUUGCGGCGCGGCGCGGGAAACCGAUAUGGAUGUAUCCCGUCCCGAGGAGCUCGGCGCAAGGUAGCUCUUCGAGGGCCGCGGUUCAAGACCUGGAGGCGAAAGCUGGCGAGAAGCCUGUCCAAUGAAUAGCGCGCACGUUCACGCCUGCAAUUUUAUCUAUCGUAUUUUUGACUUACACCAGAGCUAUACUAAUCCCUUUCCCC